GUCUAACUACGUAUGUGUGUACGUGCUAAAGUGCAAAUAAUAAUAAUCAUCAAAUAAACACACAAAAUAGAACUGUGCAAAAUAUUAUUCAUACCGUCUUUUACAAAUUCCUGGCAAAUUAUAGAAAAAUCAAGAAAAAAUAAAUAAUUAAAAAUGACAGUAAUUGCUGGCGGUCAUGGUGAACCAAAUCCGAAUAGCACUUGGCUAGGUGCGCGUGGCAUGUGGUUGGCUUAUUUUCUGGGAGUCUUAGCGACACAUUUGAUAUUACUGUCGGUGCCCUUUAUAAGCAUACCCAUGGCCUGGACAUUAACAAAUUUAAUGCAUAAUGCGGCCCAUUUAUACUUCCUACAUAUAAUAAAGGGAGCACCAUGGUUUUCCAUUGAAAAUGAUACCGGACGUCAGCUAACACACUGGGAACAAAUCGAUGAUGGUGAACAAUUUACAGCAACACGUAAAUUCUUAACAGCAGUGCCCAUUGUUUUAUUCCUGCUUUGCUGUUUGUAUACCCGCAAUGACACCGAUCAUUUUAUAGCCAAUUUUAUAUCUUUGGUCAUUGUCACUUUACCCAAAUUGCCACAGUUUCAUGGUGUACGCUUGUUUAAUAUUAACAAAUAUUAAUUGUACUAUUAGUUUUGGAUUAAUUCCUAAAAGAAUGUAUUUGGAAAAAGUGCUAAAUUAGUUUUAAAUCGUUGGCAAUUGACUACAGACUGAGUUUAUUCUUUUAGAUCUGAAAGUUCUAUAUAAAUUAAUGAUUACACACACACAAUAUAUUUAUAAUAAGCUUAUCUUAAUUGCACCUUUGUUUUAAACAGUAACUCCCUUAGAAAUUGUUAUUACCCAAAAAAACAUAAAAUGUUUUUAAACUAAUUAUUAAGGCAACUGCUUAUAAAAUUUGCUGGUUUAUAUAAAAUUGUAAUUAAUUAUUUUAUAUUUAAUAAUACCUAUGUAUGUAAAGAAUUUUUCUUUUUAUUUCUUGUUACGAAAAUAUAAGUAAAUAGAUGUGUA